AUGUCUACCACUUCGGAAAAGGCCUCCGCGCCUCAGCUCGAGAAGAAGCCCGUCAAGUUCAGCAACCUGCUGCUUGGCGCUGGUCUGAACAUGUUUGAGGUCACCACCUUGGGACAGCCGCUGGAAGUGAUCAAGACAACCAUGGCCGCAAACCGAGGCGACAGCUUCGCCGGCGCAAUGGGUCGGAUUUGGGGUCGUGGUGGGAUCCUCGGUUACUACCAAGGACUCAUUCCAUGGGCCUGGAUUGAGGCGUCCACCAAGGGCGCCGUCCUCCUCUUCGUCGCCUCCGAGGCAGAGUUCUACGCAAAGUCAUUCGGCGCAGGCGAGUUCAUCGGUGGAAUCAGUGGUGGUAUGGCCGGUGGUAUUGCCCAGGCUUAUGCCACCAUGGGCUUCUGCACCUGCAUGAAGACUGUGGAGAUCACCAAGCACAAGAUGGCUGCUGCCGGUGUUGCACCCACUGGUACCUUCGCGACCUUUAUGGAUAUCUAUCGCAAGGAGGGCAUCCGCGGUAUCAACCGUGGUGUCAAUGCUGUUGCUAUCCGCCAGACUACCAACUGGGGUUCCCGCUUCGGUCUGUCCCGUCUGGCAGAGUCUGCUAUCCGCAAGGUCACUGGCAAGGAUGAUAACCAGAAGCUCUCUGCUUGGGAGAAGGUCCUUGCCUCUGGUCUUGGUGGUGGUCUCUCCGCUUGGAACCAGCCCAUUGAGGUCAUCCGUGUCGAGAUGCAGAGCAAGACCGAAGACCCCAACCGUCCUAAGAACUUGACUGUUGGCAAGACUUUCAAGUACAUCUACGGUAACAACGGUCUCGCCGGUCUCUACCGCGGUGUUGCACCCCGUAUUGGUCUGGGCAUUUGGCAGACUGUCUGCAUGGUUGCUCUUGGUGAUAUGGCCAAAGAAGCAGUCGAAAAACUGACUGGCGAUAAAGUCACCGCUAAGCACUAG